AUGGCAUUGAAUGACCCGGCUCUGGAGAUCUUUUACCAGGCCCAGCAGUCUUUCCGCAACCACUUGAACGAUCCCAGUCUUUAUAAUGAGAUCCUCUCCUCUAAUAGCAUCGACGAAGUCUACAACAUGACUGCGAAGCUUCAAGAAGAAGCUGCAGGCAAGGCAGGCCUUCGAAAUCUCGCCAGAAUCCGACCCUUUCUUGAGCGCCUGUCAUCAUAUAGUGCAGUCAUCGAAGUUUUACUUCAAGUCAAGCCAGAGCUCGCAUUGAUCUGGGGCCCGAUCAAGCUGCUCUUGCAGAUGUCCAGCGAGCUGACUAGCGCCUUUGAUCGAGUGGCAGACACAAUGGUGAAGGUCGGCUAUGCUCUUCCUCAGUUCGCCAUGGUCUUGAGCGUUUUUGAGUGGAGUGACGCCAUCCGGGCCGCAAUGGCCUUAUUCUACGGGGACCUCCUGGAAUUUUACCGUGUGAACCUGGACUUUUUUAGGAAACGUCGUUGGAAACAAAUGUUCGAGGCAAUCUGGCCCAGCUACCAGAAGAAACUCGAUGUGGUAGUGAGUAACAUCGAGUUGCAUGCGACCCUGGUGAGGAACGAGGUCACGCUUCUUGACGUUAGUGAAGCGCAAAAGGCUCGCGUGAGGUCGCUCGAGCAAUUCGCCGAGAUCCAAACGUUACAUAGCCGGCAAAGGUUUACAGGUCUGAAAGGGCAGGUUGCACCCAUCUCAUUUGAUGAAAGGUUAGAUUGGAUCUCGAACCGAUCGGUCCCCGGCUGCGCUAAAUGGCUCUUUCGGGACAAUGCUUUCUCUGAAUGGUUUGAUGUUUCAGCGCAGGCCCCUCAAUACCUAUGGCUGCAAGGCAUGCCGGGGGCGGGGAAAACAUAUCUGUGCGCUGCAGCUGUGGGUCAUGCCCGUGAGCGUCAUCGAGUCCUGUUCGCGUUGGUAAACCACGCAGCAAAAAAGACUACAACUGCGCUGGGGGUUCUUCAAUCCAUGAUAUUCCAGGCUGCAGAGGAGAAUCAAGACUUGCAAGCAAUUUUGUUGGAGGCUAAGGAACGUGAACUGCGCGGGAACACGCUGUACGUGACUGAGCUUUUCAAGUCCUUCUUGAAAACAGCAAGUCAAACGUAUAUUAUGAUCGAUGGACUGGAUGAAAUGGAUGAGCGGGAGCGACAGGUCCUACUGGAGCGAUUGGAAGAGAUCGCGAAGGAAUGUUGUGACUUGCGGAUUCUGAUCAGCUGUCGUCCAGAAGGUGAUAUCUCACGGAGACUCGAGAAGAAGGCAUGCGCAAUCAAGAUCCAUGAUCGCAACGCAGGAAGCAUUCAGCAUUACAUUGACCAUCGGGCACGCGACUGGAUCAGUGAAUUGGGUUGUAGUCCCUCCUUGGAGACUGAAUUGUACGGUCUUCUGUCUCCUUUGGCCGCUAAAGCUGCAGUUGGACUCGAUGACAUUCGCCGCGAACUCAAAGCCCUUCCUGAGGAUCUGAACGAUGCAUACCACCGCAUCUUGCAGAGGAUAAGUGACCUUCCUCCACGGAUACGUGAACGAAGUAGGAAGGUAUUGGGCUGGAUCGGGAGUGCGCCGAUUCCAUUGACCGUUUGGGAGAUGGAACAGGCUUUAUCUAUUGAGCUCGAUGAGGAAGGCAAAAUGACCAGUGCAGUUACUCCAGAUCUUCUUAGUAUUGAUUUCGUCCAACUUUGUGGUCCAAUUAUUGAAGUUGCCGAUGGAAAGCUGCAGUUUGUUCAUUUCACGGUCGAGGUAUACCUCUUCAGUCCAAGGAUAGCGCACUUUAUAGACAAACAAGUCGCUACCUUCGACCUGUUCAAUAGUUUAAUGGCCUAUCUUAUGUCCGGAAUUGUCGAUCUCGACCUGGAUGAGGGCGAUAUUCAAGAGCAGAUACGGCACGGUCGCUUUCGACUCUUCGAUUAUGCGAGUUUUUACUGGCCGGUUCUUCUUUACGAUCUUAUUUCAGUUAAGCGAGAAAGGACUAAUAAUCAAAGAGACGAGUCGUUGGCUCGUAUACUGAAGAGAGUUGCAAUGACACUCCAGAAUUUCGAUUAUAUCACAAAGGAACCUCGGGAAGGGCAUGAAGUGAAUCGGAUGUGGUCUUUUCUGAAUAACGGAGACUUAGAAUCGAAUGAUGUUAUACGUGGAGCCAAAGAGUUUCACUCAAACGAGAAACGAUGGGACUGGAACAUCGAUAAUAGCGAGUCGUGGAUAAACAAAGAUCCAUUAAUCACGUCACAGAUGUUGAUUCGGCUGCGGGAACACCACGAGAUACUACUGUCUAUGCCAGACUGCGGUCCGGACCUGGAGCGACAAUAUGGUCCCGAGCUCUUCCGAUGCACGUAUUUGUUCUGUACGCGAAGCCGACGUGGCUUUGCCUCAGCCGACGAGCGCGAUAAACAUGUUGAGAACCAUGGACGCCCAUUCAAAUGCGUCGUUCCGAGCUGCGAGUUCUCUAGCAUUGGCUUCGACUCGGAAGCCAGCCGGCAAAGGCAUUGGAGAAAACACCAUAUCUCAGCCGCACGCGAGACUCAGGCGGCCGUGGAAGCCGCAGAAGGGGUUGGAGGCAACUUUGACGCACUUGAUCCCGAGGAAGCUCAGCCCUUACUCUUUGUCCUGCUAUCUGAAGAGAAGCUCGACCUUGUACGGCGUCUGCUCUGCUCCCAGGCUGGGAAGAAGUUGAAGCCGGAGGUCAUCGCGCAUGCAAGACUCAUGGCUGCGGAGCAGGGGUCGCUAGCGCUCACCGAGCUCCUAGCACCGGUGACAGCGGAGAAAAAAGUACCCUUUAAGGUGUUAGCCGCCGCAGUGGCUAGCGAAAAUGCCGACUUUGCCGAAUGGGCGUAUAAUCACCUUUCACUAGCCGACUGGCCCAAUAUGAUGAAGACGGUUGUAAAGGUGAGGCGGGAUGAUAUCUUCACUCGAUGGGAAAAGUACACCCAAGGAGAGGUUGAUAAGUUGCGCAUCAGACCACGAUAUGGUGACGAUUUGUUCACCUUGCUCUUUAGACAAUCUUUGUUUACGGACAUCCAGGGCAAUGAGCUGAAAGAGACGAGAACAAAGGGCCUCCUGACGCAGUUCGGACCAUAUAUGUCGUGGGAAAUUUUAGGCACAUUGCUCCUUCGAGUGGCCCGAUCGAGCUGCUCAGUCAUUUUGGCAGAUCACCUGUUACAACUCGGAGCACCCAUCAACUUCUGUUCUUCAGGACGCGCAAUCGGUCAAACACCGCUGUAUGUCGCUUCGAAGAAGACCUCCGUAGAAGCAGCCUUCUUCAUGAAGUUUCUUAUCCUUAACGGCGCAGAAACCGUGAUAUCAAUCAACCGUACUGUCACACAUAUCAGCGAAGAAAAGGGCGCCGCAAAGAUAGCCGAAAAGGUGGGGCUUACAUGGAGUGAACUAGAGGAGAUGUAUAAAAAGAGCGGAAAGUAUAAACCGACACCCGAUGAUGAUUAG